AUGUCGUUUCUUGCACGCCUUGAAAAUGCGACUCGAUGGUUCCCAGUGGGGACCUCGAAAGAAGAACGGAGUCUUGUUCGAAAGCUGGACUGGCUGGUUUUGCCCUAUGCUUGUCUAUCUUUUUUUGUCAAGUAUCUUGAUGUAUCGGCUUUGACCAAUGCCUACGUAUCCGGCAUGAAGGAGGACCUCGACCUCUACGGAAACCGACUGAACUAUAUCAAUGCCGCAUUCCCCAGCAAUCUAGUCCUUAUCAAGUACGCGGCGCAGUACUAUCUGCCGUUUGCCGAAAUCUUCUGGGGCCUUUUUACCCUGGGCACGGCGUUCGUGAAGAAUUACCAGCCACUGGUGGUGAUGCGGUUCUUUGUCAGCUUGAGUGCAACCUCUGCUUACGUGGGACCUCAGGCUUCUUCAUCUUCCCCGACAUGCCCGGACGCACCAAAUCCCGAUUCCUCUCCGAGAGCGAAAAGGCCCCUAGCCAUCAAACGCCUCUCAGAGGAGGGCUUCACGCCAUCCACCGGCCUGAACCGAAGUAUUCUCAAACGACUCCUUUUCAACUGGAAACCCUACGCAUUCAAAUUCGCCUUGGGGGAUUCCAGCCUUUAUAAGAAGGUUGGAGACUUUGUGAGCUCGCUCGCCAACGAUCACAUCUUCGCGGACAUUCACAGUGGGUUGCUAAACCCGGACGAUGUUGUGGAUAACAUUAAAACUAUCUCUACGGUAUUCGCGUACACGCAACUGGAACAUCACCAACCUGAAACAGCGGAUUUCCGAGAGUAUGUAUGCCUCUUUGAUAGAAUGACGGGGAAGCGUACGUUUAGGGACCAUGAAGAGAGCGAUUCGGAGCCUGUGCAGAAGCGCCAAGCGCCGGAACUGGCAGAUGAUACUGAGGAAGAGCUCUGA